AAAAAAAAAAAAAAAAAAAGUAGAUAUCGUCAUCUUUAUCUGUCUGAUAAUCGUAGACUACUUUUAUUAAAGAUUAACAUUAUAAGUGCAUUAUUGUUCAUUAAUCAUCGUGCAAUGACAAAUAGUUGUAAAUAAUAUAAAAAGCUGUUAUAGCUGUUGUUAGUUAGGAUGGAAUUUAUUUUAUUUUGUUUUUUUUUUCUAGUUUAUAUAAUAUGUUGGUUUAAAUUUAUAACAAUGUUGGAAUUAUAUACAUUAUUGACAUUAAUGCUUGUAGACGAAUGUAUGUGCAUUAUUACUGGUGCAAUUGGCAUUGUUGAUGCAAACUCAAACUCAUUAAAUCAUACCUUCAUGUUGCUAUGUUCAUUAAAAGAAUUGAGCUGAGCAUGACCGCGUCAAAGCCUUCUAGUUGUAGGGGAAAUAAGCAAAAAGCAAAUAAUGAUAAUAAAGUCUAACAAUGUUCAAUUGUUGAUUAUUUUUAAAGUAGAUUACUAUUUAUUUAUACAGAUGUAUAUAUUUUUUUUGGAAUUCAAUUAAAAUUAUAAUUGAAAUGUGUUGACAUUAAAAUUAAUCUUCGAAUCUGCUCAUUAUACAUUUAGCUCAAUAUUAUCAUUAUUAUUUUGCAUUAAAUCUAAUACAAGGAAAUAAGGC